CUGCCACUGAUGUUAUUGGUCCAACAAAUAUGUCUUCUCUCGAUUAUAAUGUUCCUGAUGAUCAAUGUGAAAGGCCAAAUAUUAUAUCAGAUACGUCUUUCCUUGUCGAAGAACCACAAGAGUUGGAAAUUAUAGAAUCAGAUACGGAACGUUCAAUAAUGAACAGAGAAGUCUUUUAUACCCCAUCCGAAAAUAUAAAAUCUUUUCCAGUUACACCACCUCACAAACCUCAUUUGUUUAAUUCAAAAAAAAAAACUCGACCUCAGUCAUUACCAUUGAAUAUGCAAAAUUUACAACAAAUUGUUGAAUCUCCUCCUGAAGAGAAUAAUGUUUUGGUACCAUCAACAAAUUCGUCAAUAUCUUCUAUCAACCAUGAUGAAAUAAAUGAUCGAGGAUUUAAUGUAAAUAAUGAUGAUGAGUCCAUUAUUAAUUCAGACUCUGAGUCUUUUGAAACUCCCGUUUGUGAAUCAGGAGUUGUCCUCAAAGAGGAUCCUUUAUCUGAUCCAUGUGACUAUGGAAUGAAAGUAUUUAUAUUCCGACCAAAAACUUAUGCCCUAAGUGUUGAAUGGUACCGCGCUUUAUAUAAUUUACUUAGGCCACCGUCAAUUAAACCAGUGCCUCUUACUUGUGAUGUAGUUGUACCUGAUUUGAAUGUUCGUGUACGAAUUCCAUUAGAAGAUGGAACGCAAGCAUUCAAAAUCACCGCGGAGGAAAUAACUAAAACUGUUUUGGAUGAAUUGGGCGGUAUAAACGAAUGGGAAGAUGUAUUAAAUGAAUGGCUGAAAAAUGGUGAUAUGAGAUUAUGUUGGAAAAGAUAUGAUCGAAUAGAAUGGAUUGUUUGGGAAAAAAAUGAUAGUGAAAAAGAUAGAAAUGACUUAUUAGCAUGUCCGCAAUUUAUUGAAGGAGAACCACCGCCAGUUGAAGGAUAUCUUAUUAGAGUCACAAAUGAUAAAGGCCGUAAAAACAAGUCAAAGCGACUGUACUUUUCGUCACAUGAUCACUAUUUGUUCUUCAUGAAUCCAUCCUUUGCAUGCCCUCCUCCACCACCACCAUCAGGGUCUGGAUCGACAGAGGACGAAAAGCUCAAUACAAAACGACCAAUAAUGUAUGCUGUUUCCCCACACAUUCAAGGAAAUGACAAUGCCGCUGCUUUCAUUAAGGCUGAUGUCAAAAGACGCGUUAAACAAAUUUUAAACGCAUAUGGAUUCAUUAAUUUAAUUGAUGCUAUAGAAGUAAGACCCUUAAUUAACGAUAAUAAUGAGGAUACAUGUGAAAAUGACAAUUUAGGAGAUAAAUCUAAAGAGCGUAAAUACGAAGGAAAAGGAUGUCCUUUUGAACUGGUCAUGUCGAAUGGAAUGACUAUUGUUUUAGAGUGGGUGAAAUGUCUCAAUGCACUUGUCAAAUACUGGAAAGCUCGAGUUGCAGAUGAUAUAAAAAUUCGAAUUAGUAUGUUUAAAGAAAAUCAAUUUAAUGAUUACGAUGAUGAUGGUGCAUAUAUUGGUGAUGGUUUUCGUGGUCAUUGGGAUAGUAACAAACGUCAUGUAAUUGAAAGACAUGGAACUAUCGGUCUUGAAUUGCAAAAGAAAGCAAAGUUAGAUUCUUCUGGUAAAGCCUGGAUAUUUCGUGCUAGAAAUAGGCUUGAAAGAGAAGAAUGGGUUUGGGCAUUAAAUAUCGAGAUUGAAAGAUGCUUGAUGGAAGAAAAUG